GCCAUCUAUUGCUUCUUUCCAUAUGAUGAUUAGUUUAAUAUUUUCUCUCAGGCAUGGGCUCGAUACAUUUGAGAACGUUACUCAUGCUUGUCAGGGCUGUUCAGGAGCCUCCCUAGAGAGAGAGAAAUGAAACCUAGCCCUAAAAGACAAGAAGCACUGAUCUGAAAGAAACACGAGCGACGACCGUUACCGUGAUGAUUUUCAGAUGCAGUGACCGACACAGGAGAGAGAAAUUGUCGGAACUCCACUCCCCGCCUUUCUCUCGCACUCGAUCUUCGAUUCUGCUCCCCUUUCGUCUUGGUCUUCGUGGGAAGUGCUCUUUCAUGAUUUUCUUACCGCGGUGCUGGUCGGUGCGGGUUGAAGCUCGGAGAAUGCUGCCAACGACAUUCCGGUGUUUUGACUGGAACUCUUGUCGACGCGAUAAGCAAUGAUCACGGCCUAAGUGACUGCAUUGAUUCUCGAAAUUGCGGAGAAGAGCGUGAGCCAGCUCAGUUGCUUGCACUGGACACAUAUAUUCGCGGCCCGUCGAUGGGUUUACACCUUGGCAGGACGCGCACUGAAGUCCGGUCUUCGUUGUGAACAUGGCGAGAGGCAAGGAGAGAGAGAGAGAGAGGGAGAGGGAGAUGGGGAUGAUGGUGUUUCAUAAUUGAUGCAUUUUCCUGUACGUCAACACGAGGGGGACACGGUUGUGCUCAUGGUGGCAGUUUCUGGCACCCACCCGCACAUUGUUCUCGUUCACGGGGUUGUUCUUAUGGCCGAAAGCUGCCGAUAGAUAACCUGUGUCAUGAACCGAUUAUAAUAUGGUAAAGUAAGGUAAGGUGCAGUGCACGUUCGUUAGGCUCUUCGCGUUAGAUGGUCGUCGAGCGACUACCACGUUCGGACAUAGAAAGUGGAGUACAUAAACACCGCCUCGGACCUAUUGACCUAUAGCUGCAUGAGGGAUGAACGAGGGUCUCGCCACUCAAUGGCGAGCUCAGGUCGGCGUGCUUUGUUCUGUUGCAGUGGAGGCCGUUGGCAGAGGCCCAGCCAACUUUGCUGAUGACACGGAAUGCAGCCAAUAGAAUGUGAAAGGAGCCGGGGCCCAAGUCGACGGGCAAAAUUCAACAACUUCUUGGGCAGGUAGAGAGAAGCAGCGGCGAGAGGGCUAUCAGGACUCCUUGCCAGGGCGAAAGUUCUCGUAAUUAUGAUGGCAUGUCCUCCUAGAGCGGCCUAAGUCGCUGCGUUGAUGGUAGAGGGGAGAGAGAACCCCGACUUCAGCCUGCGAACAACGAAUGCAACCUAGCGCAGAGAUCACUAGUUAAGACUGGCACCCAUGGCCCAGUCUCUUGACCUGCAUGAGAGUCAUCCGGGAGGCGUCGCUAAGGAAAGAUCCUAAAGACAGACAGACAGACAGACAGAGAGGGAGAGAAAGAAGUGAUGUUAGCAAAGAUGCCGUGAAGCCGCUGAUGAUUGCAGGUAUGGCAGUGGAUCCAGCAAAGCCAGAAGUUUCAACGCAUGUCCAGUCAUUAUGGCCCUUGCCAGCAUGUAUCAAAGCCUGGUAGUGCUAUCCUUGGCCCUAGCAGGCCUGCGUAGAGUAACAUAAAACGAAAGAACGGCAAUCUGAUCACAGGCCAUGAAACCAGCACACGGGACUCGGCUCAUUCGAUCUUCAGAGGUCACCGGAAUGACUGAGAGUGCAAAUCAUGUCAAUAUCCCUGACUACAUGUAAACCCUAAACCCCUAAACUUCAGUCGUCCAGCAAUUCGUCGACACUCAAAGCACAACUGAGACUCACGAAAGAAAAAAUCUCCAGAAAGGAAGAUGAGAAAGGACAGGGGAGACAGACCGAGAGCAGGGGCGAGAGAAGAAAGUGAAGAAGCGUGAGAGGGAGGGGAACCACGGACGAGAAUAAAAUUCAGUUGUACUUCAAGGAUGAGUCGUACAUUUCUCAACAUACACUCAUUGCCAUAAAACAUCAGGAUUUGGACAGAGCAGUUUCCAACAAUCUUACAUG